GCGACACUGCCACUGACGCGUUCUGCAGCAGCCUUUCCCGGCGGCAACUUUCUGGCGUGCGGUAGUUUCAAGAACUUGACCACCGACUGAUUAUUCCUGUCAAGUACCGUGGUACCAUCGUGCGAUGGACGGUCGAGUUACCCCACCACCCGUUCACCAUGUCCUCAGGCCACAUCAUAUUGAUCUCAUAGCAAUGCUAUUGUUGAUUUUCAAGGAAUACGAGCUUCAGAAGACUUUGCCAAAAGACUUUUUGCUCUAUAUGUAUCGAGUUCUCUUGAUGGAAACGUCUGAGGUCAUUGAACAUAGGUCCCAUCAGCAUAUGCUGGCGAUGGUCAAAGUCGCGCCGAAUGCAGACACGCCCGUUGUCCAGGGACUUAUAGGCGCUCUGGAGAAUGUGGUCGGUUCACAAGUGAUACUGCUUUUGGCCCUCUCUCAUCGGAUAUGCGAUCAUAGGCAACCCAGCUACGAGCGCUUGAUCAACUAACUAACUUCUUCCUCA